AUUCAGACCAACCCUUGUCAACCAGUCACAGAUCCAGCUCUGUUAACGGCACCAGGGAACCUGAUGGUGUCACCUUCUUCAUCAUCCAGGGCCUCUCCAGCCUCGGUGACAGACAGAUGAUCCCAUUUGUCAUCCUGCUGCUGGGUUACAUCAUCAUCCUGGGAGGAAACAGCAUGAUCAUCUUUGUGGCUGUGACUGAUCCAAAGCUCCACUCUCCCAUGUAUUUCUUCCUCUGCCACCUCUCCUUUGUGGACAUGCUCUUUACCACCACCACCAUCCCCAAAAUGCUGGCUGGCUUCCUGUCAGAUGUGUCAAUCAUUUCAGUUCCAGGCUGCUUCCUCCAGAUGUUUUUCUUCAUUCAGCUAAGCAUUACUGUUACUGCCAUCUUGGCUGCUAUGGGGUAUGACCGCUACGUGGCCAUCUGCCACCCUCUGCACUACACCUCCAUCAUGACCCGACGUGUCCAGCUGCUCCUCAUCGUAGGAGCCUGGGGCUUUGGCAUCUUCUGCCCCUUGCCAUCCACCAUUAUUGCCAUUCAACGACCCUACUGUGGUUCAAAUGUGGUCAAACAUGGCUGGUGUGACAUGUCAUCUGUAAGGCAACUGGCAUGUGGUCACAUCUUACUGGAUAACAUUGUGUCCCUUUGCUUCGCCACACUGUCUCUACUGAUCCCAGGACUCCUCAUCCUGACCUCCUAUAUCCUGAUUGGCAUAUCAAUAUUGAGGAUGGGUGUUUCUCAGAGGCUGAAGGCCUUCAGGACAUGCGCUGCCCACCUGACUGUGGUGUCCAUCUCUUUUGGCUCAGCUGCCUUUGUGUACAUCUCCUACCGUGUGGGAAACUUUUCGACUGAGGUUCGUAUCAUUGUAGCUGUGCUGUACGCCGCUCUGACUCCUUUCCUGAACCCAGUGAUCUACAGUCUGAGGAACAAGGAGCUGCAAGAGUCCAUGAGAAGGACUCUGGUCAGGUUCAGGUCUGCUACUGUUUCAGCCAAAAAGAACGUCAACACAGUGUCCUGA